GCGGUGGCGGCGACGGGCCGGGCGAGGGAGCAGGUUAGCCCGAGCCGCCCUACUCUGCAGUUGUCUCGGAAGCGCAGGCUGCGCCCUGAGCCCUGCGCCUGGGAAACACUGGCCGGCCAGCCGCUCCCGGGACCGGCUCCUCCAGGCGCUCGCAGGCAUGCAGCCCGGGAGCAGGCGGCGCGCCCCGGGCCGCUACUGAGUCCGCGGAGCUGCGGAGACCAGCUCCAGCCGGGCCCCUCCCACCUCGCCCAGGGACCCACGAGCGACCGCCCUACACCUAGUCUUCACGCGCAGCCCCGCCAGCGCCACCCCCCGCGGGCUGGAGGGGCUCAUGCAGCCGCCAAGGGAGAGGCUAGUGGUAACAGGCCGAGCUGGAUGGAUGGGUAUGGGGAGAGGGGCAGGACGUUCAGCCCUGGGAUUGUGGCCGACCCUCGCCGUCCUUCUCUGCAGCUUCCCGGCAGCCAUCACCCCCUGCAAGAUCCUCAAGUGCAACUCUGAGUUCUGGAGUGCCACGUCCGGCAGCCACGUCCCUGCGUCUGACGACGUGCCGGAGUUCUGUGCAGCCCUGCGCACCUACGCCCUGUGCACGCGGCGGACAGCCCGCACCUGCCGGGGUGACCUGGCUUACCACUCAGCUGUCCAUGGCAUAGAGGACCUCAUGAACCAGCACAACUGCUCCAAGGAUGGCCCCACCUCACAGCCACGCCUGCGCACGCUCCCGCCAGCCGGGGACAGCCAGGAGCGCUCGGAUAGCCCCGAGAUCUGCCACUACGAGAAGAGUUUUCACAAGCACUCAGCUGCCCCCAACUACACUCACUGCGGCCUCUUUGGGGACCCGCACCUCAGGACUUUCACAGACCACUUCCAGACGUGCAAGGUGCAAGGCGCCUGGCCGCUCAUCGACAAUAAUUACCUGAACGUGCAAGUCACCAACACGCCUGUGCUGCCUGGCUCUGCCGCCACCGCCACCAGCAAGCUCACUAUCAUCUUCAAGAACUUCCCAGAGUGUGUGGACCAGAAAGUGUACCAAGCUGAGAUGGAUGAGCUCCCAUCUGCCUUUGCGGACGGCUCCAAGAACGGUGGAGAUAAACACGGGGCCAACAGCCUGAAGAUCACUGAGAAGGUGUCAGGCCAGCACGUGGAGAUCCAGGCCAAGUACAUCGGCACCACCAUCGUGGUCCGCCAGGUGGGCCGCUACCUGACCUUUGCCGUCAGAAUGCCCGAGGAGGUGGUCAACGCCGUGGAGGACCGCGACAGCCAAGGCCUCUACCUCUGCCUGCGGGGCUGCCCGCUCAACCAGCAGAUUGACUUCCAGGCUUUCCGGGCCAACGCAGAAAGCCCUCGUAAGCCGGCGGCUGUCAGCCCCUCUCCUGUGGUCCCCGAGACAUUCCCGUAUGAGACCGCCGUGGCCAAGUGCAAGGAGAAGCUGCCUGUCGAAGACUUGUACUAUCAGGCCUGUGUCUUUGACCUCCUCACAACUGGUGAUGUGAACUUCACACUGGCUGCCUACUAUGCCUUGGAGGACGGCAAGAUGCUCCACUCCAACAAGGACAAGCUCCACCUGUUUGAAAGGACUCGGGAACUGCCAGGUGCUGUGGCCGCGGCAUUCCCCUUGGCCCCCCAGGGGCUCCUUGGCACCCUCACACUUCUGGCCCUGCUGCCCGUGUUAUGGUAGACAUUUGGCCGCCUUGGAUGCAGAGGGAGGUGCAGACGUUGCCAGGAGCCUUGGCCUCUCGCCCCCGGCUUCUCCUUUGUCUGAGGGCCCCGAGGAGUCAUCUUCGGGAUGCAGCCCAACAGGUGGGCUCUCUGCGACCCCAUGUUCUCUGCACCGUUCAGUAGCAGAGGUGGCCUCUAGCUGAUGACCUAUACCAGGCCAUCUUCAAAUGUUUUGGCCGGGGCUCAGGGCCUGGGACAGCUCUCUCUCCUUUCUCUCUCUCUCUCUUUCUUUUAGUGCACGUGACAAGGUUGUGGUGAUUGGUGCUGUGUUUUGUGACAGUAGAGUUGUGUGAGAGGGAGACCAACCCUCCACCCCGACCCCACCGUGUGAAUGUGCAAGCCAGAGCCCCCAUAAGCGGAAGAUCCCCACCCCCCACCCACCCCCACCCCGUUACCAGAGAGACACUGGGAAAGUCGGCUCCUUCCACACCCUCACAAUGCACUGAGACGGGCCCAGCUGACUGCUGCACACCCACCUACCCUGGGCCUCCUGGGCCCUCCCAUAUACGCGCACGCACACUGUUACACAAGCACACUCGCACACGCUAAGCCCACGGGUACACCCCCAGCCACCACAUCAGUGAGGUUGAAGCAUCUACACAGUUCUUUCCCAGGGCAGGGCCUCUGAGCAGUAUGACAGCCCCAGAGGGUCCUCGCUCGGCAUCUUUAACCAACAGAAGUAAGCUUGUGGUCUGUAGGCUCCUGGUCCCUUCCCACCCAAUGCUACAGAGAGACUGCCCCCGUGCAUCCGGCCACUGUGGGUGUGAGUUCAGGGUGCCACGCGCAGGCACCUGCCUGCAAAGCCCCGCGGUUGGAGGAAAGGUGUGUUUUGGCCUGAGGUCACAACAGUGCCACUCUUGGGCUCCAAUCCCAUUUCUGGCUCCACCCUCUGCCCCUCUCCCAUUGCACUUAAGAAAAGGAAGUGCUUGGUUCUGAAUGUUUCAGCAGAAAAGUGAUCCUCCAGUUCCCGCCCUCCCCUGCCCACCACCACCCACCCUGCUAGGUUUACAGCCCCUCAGCAGGGGCCCUGGGGCCUCAGGGCACGAGCAGCAGACACAGUAGAUAGGGCCAGCUGGCCUGCCCUGUCCUCUACUCUCUCACCUGCCUUCUAGACUCCCCUAACUGCUGGUCAGCAGCUCCACUCCCCACCCCAGCCCUCUUGCCUGGAGUCUUUGGUGGGAAGAGCAGCAGCUAAGAGGCCUUCCAACACCUGCACCCUGGCAGGGUCUCCUCCCGCUAGUCUCUGGUUUAAACUCUGGCCACACGGCCAGAGGCCUGCCAUCGGGAGCCUAGCUUUCCUUCUGCUCAAGGUGAGCACCCAUCCCCGGAGCCCAGAGCCAUUCCCAUCUCUGCUGCUGUUCCGGAGGCCCCCAUGGGACCAGCGUGGUGUAAGCGGCUGGCCCCAUGGGCCGCCCAGCCAGCGACCCUGCAGCCCACCCUAGCCCCCCCACUCAACAUUUGCAGCAGCCCUCCGCUGCUCUCCAGGGACCUCUUAUACACUGGCCAGGAGGCUGCAGAACCUGCCUCUCUCUCUCCCAGAGGUCCUGACCCCUGCCAAAAACCACAUGGGUAGCUGGGAGGGGCUCAGCCCAGCCCCUCCUCCCUGCUGGUUUUUUUUUUUUUUUUUUAAGCUAUCCCUAUGUUGGAAGUAAAAAAAAAAAAAUUGAAGCACUUUAUUUUGGUUGUGUUUGAUCACGUUCUGCUUGGAAGUGGGAACCCCUCACUGUGUCCACAUGUCUGCGACCUGUGUGGAGUGUCACUGCGUGUACAUACUGUAAAUUAUUUAUUAAUGGCUAAAUGCAAGUAAAGUUUGUUUUGUUGUUUCCUUUUUGAUGAGA